GUACAGGGAAAGGGGAUCAGUGAAGAGCCAUCUAACGUUGAUUUCGUAUUACUCGCGCUGUAAGUCAUUGGCAAUACAGAGGGCGCCAGUUUCAAGAACGUUCUUUUCUUGCAUUUAGAGUCGUAGGUCGUGCAGAAUUUCGAGGCGCCGCUGCAGAAGUAGACGACGACGUUGAAAUGGCCGAUUCUUCCUCUUCGGGUGCAUCUAAGAAGCGUUUUGCUAUACCUUCAGCCAAUGAAAUUGAAGAAUUUGAGAAUUCCAAACCAAAGAUACCAUCACGCUUCAGGUCAAAGAAUGCAACCUCUCAUGGUGGAUCAAGCUCAGGGGUAUCAUCUGUACAACAAGGGUCCGUUACAAGUAACGCCACUUUUGCAACGUCCAGCUCUCGUUUUUCUAGUUCAUCGGGUCAUGAACCAUUCUCCAGGCAGAAGGAUGCCAAAGGCGGACCAGCCAGUGUAGGUGUGUCAAGAACAGAACAAGAUGAGACAAGUAGAACAGUCCAAGGCAGGUCUGCAUCAAUAACGGGCCAGACAGCAAUGUCCAGUGAAAGUGCAGAGGCGAUGAGGACUAGUCUUGAGCUGAGAAAACAAAGAGCUGAUGAGGCACUAAGGGAGAGACUGGAAGCAGGGGCUGCUGCUCCCACACUCCAAAGGCCAAGGGCUGUGGAGGCACCAAGGGGCAGACUGGAGGAAGCGUCAAAUGCCACCACCUCAAAUACCACAUCUGCAAGUUCUGCAGGAGGAGGCAGAAAUCCUGCGGCAUCCAAUCCAUACAGACUACCACAAGCAUCUGAAAUUGCCAGGAGGGGAAAGAUCGGUUCUUCAUUUGCAAGCAAGUUCCACAUGCUUGGUACUGCAGAAGAGUAUAAGAUUCCACAGGCAGCGGUAAAGCAAUCCACAUCAGAUUCUGCUGUGCCUGGUACCUCAGCUGGCGUAAACAAAGCUCCAUCAGGGAAUAGUGUGAUUGUUAAUCCAAGGCAGAGGGGCAAUCCAAUCCUGAAGCACGUCCGGAAUGUUCCUUGGGAGUUUGGUGAUAUAGUCCCGGACUAUGUUAUGGGAAGAACUACAUGUGCCUUCUAUCUCAGUUUGCGUUAUCACAAUCUCAACCCAAACUACAUCAGUGACCGGCUGACGGAACUAGGUCACAAGUUUGAUCUGAGGGUCCUUCUUGUUCAGGUGGAUGUGAAAGAUCCUCAUCAUUCAGUCAAGGAACUUGCCAGGCUAGCAAUACUAUCAGAUUGCACACUCAUGCUGGCAUGGAAUGCUGAGGAAGCAGGGAGAUAUAUAGAGACAUAUAAAGCAUAUGAGAACAAACCAGUAGAUGCCUUGAAAGAGAAAGUUGAACAGAACCAUCUAUCAAAGAUGACGGAUUGUCUCACUACAGUCAAGUCAGUGAACAAGACAGAUGUUAUUACACUGCUAGCUAACUGCGGGACAUUUGAGAAGAUAGUGGAAUCAAGCAAAGAAGAGCUGGCUUUGUUGCCAGGGUUCGGGCCCCAAAAGGCUGAGAGACUUAGUAGCAUCUUCACCGAGCCCUUCUUACGGAGGAACAAAAGAAGAAUAGUCCAGACGGAGAAAGAUGAAGAUGGAGAGGGCUGAGGAAAAGGCAAUCUUCACGGUGCUUUACAAAAUAAUGCAAAGUCUGUGCAUAUAGUGUAUUGGUGCAGAAGUGAUCUACCUUUGGACCGGGAAGAUAGAUUGUCGCAGAAAACUCUAGUGUAGUGUCAUAGAAUGUACAUGCACUUUGAUUGUAAGGGCCCAUAUUGUGUAUCUAGACGUAGGCCUUGUAGAUGAUGGGAUGGACAUUAUACAGUCAUGAAGUAAUCAGAGGUCAUUAAUUUCAAUAGAUU